AUGCACAGCCAACAACUAACUUUGAUUUUCGGCAUGGCCCUCCUGUGGGCAGUGGCCAGCGGCACCACCCAACCGCCGAGCCGUCGUCCGCCGGUCACCACCGCCCGCACCACGCCCCGCAACUGCCCGCUCUUCCCGCAGGUCUGCUCCAAGACCAGUCCCAGGGUUUGCGGCCGGACUCCGCGUGGCGAGUGCCAGCGCUUCGAGAACAUCUGCCACCUGAUGCUGGCCAAUGUGCUCCGGCAGCCUGAGGGCGUGAGGCACACCCGCGACAUCGACUGCCGCAAUGUGAGGGGAACGGGUGCCGCCAAUCGACGACCCUGCUACAAUCCCUGCCCCGCACGUCCCGUCGUCUGCAAGAGAUCGCCGCCCAGCCAGCACAUCUGCGUGCGGAGCAGGGACAACCGGCAGUGCAAGGUGCUGUCCAACAACUGCCAGCUGCGCAACCAGAACUGCCACAGCCAGCCCAGGAACAACUGGCUGCGCACCGACAGGCGGCGUUGUGGCCGGCUGCAGCUGGGCGAUAAGCCGCAGAAUUGCAUCCGGGUGCCAGUCCGGCCCAGAACCACCCACCACCACUCGGCGCAGCAC